ACCUCGCAGUAGCAGUGCUGAGAGCUUCACCAAUUCCUCUCUCCUUCCAUUGUUUUCUCCGCCGAUUCCUCAGCUCAGGCGGAAGAGAGAGAGAGAGAAGAAUGAGGGCUUCUCUGAAAGGCACCGCAGGCACGGACAAGAACCGAGCCGGAGCAGCUUCCCUCGGCGUCCCCCUGGGCGAGCUCAAGCUCCGCGCCUCCAUCACCGAGGCCACCGUCGUCAAUGGCCCCAGCCUCAACGGCCUGCUUCUAUCCGUCGAGAAGCCCGGCUCCUUCAUCAUCGACUACGAUAUCCCCAAGAAGGAUUUCCGGUUCCAGUUCAUGAACAAAGUCAAAAUCAUGGAGAAACCCUUGAGUCUUACCUACAUCCAUGGCAAAGGUGACAAUCGAACUCUAUUGGAGGGAACCCUCGCUUUCGACCCGUGCAACAAGUUGUCGGCCAAUUACAUGGUGGGUCCUGGGAACUGCAAGCUGAAGUACAGUUAUGUCCAUGGAGGACUGACCACAUUUGAGCCUUCCUAUGACCUGUCAAAGAACUCGUGGGACCUCGCGGUAUCUCGUAAGGUUUAUGGAGAUGAUGUACUUAAGGCUACAUAUCAGACAUCGAGCAGGAUUUUGGGGCUUGAGUGGUCGUUGAAUUCGUUGUUGAGUAGUCGUGCCAAGGUCUCAGCUUCUGUGAAUUUGAACGAGGAGUCGAAGAUCCCGAAGGUCAGUGCCGAGACAACAUGGAACUUCGACAUGUGAUUUUCGUGAUGCUGCAAGCUCUUGAAAUUAUGGUGACAAGUCUUUAUGCUCUGUUUCUUCAUUGGAGAGCUGGGUGACCUGACUGAAACUGAUUUCGGGUAUAUACCCUCAUUUGUUUCUCCCUUUGCAUUGUGCUCUUAGAAUAUUCCCUCCAUUCUCCUCCCUUUGAUGAGUUAUAAAUUUAUUUCCUCCAUUCUUGUUGAGAUUGAGAUUGUAUAUUCUUGUACCAUGUUCGGUAUGGAGGAAUUGAGGCCAAUUGCCGCAAUAAAAUGAUCAAACACGAUUAUUUCUCCA